UCACACCCCCCGCCCCCGGGACCGCGAGGCUCCCUCCCCGCACCGGCCGGUGAGUACACAAAGCCGCGGGUGAGGGGAAGCUUCGCAGGCGUGCACGGAGCAGUGAGAUCACUGGCGUUAUAAAUAUCCCUGUGCCAGCGCGGAGAUCCGCUCGGGGGCCUCUCUCUCCCCCUCUCCCCUUCUCAUCCCCGAGGCUAUGUCCACCCGGUGCGGCGAGGCGGGCAGCGCCAGAGGCACGCAGCCGCACAGGGGCUACAGAGCCCAGAAUCAGCCCUGCAAGAUGCACUUAGGACCCCCGCGGCUGGAAGAAUGAGCUUGUCCUCCCUUCUCCUCCUCUUCUUCAGCCACCUGAUCCUCAGCGCCUGGGCUCAAGGGGAGAAGCGCCUUGCCCCCAAAGGGCAAUCCGGACCCGCUGCCAAUGAUAGGAACCCUAGAGGCUCCAGCAGCAGACAGAGCGGCAGUAGCGCUAUGUCUUCCUCUUCUGCCUCCUCCUCCCCCGCAGCUUCUCUGGGCAGCCAAGGAAGUGGCUUGGAGCAGAGCAGUUUCCAGUGGAGCCCCUCGGGGCGCCGGACCGGCAGCCUCUACUGCAGAGUGGGCAUCGGUUUCCAUCUGCAGAUCUACCCGGAUGGCAAAGUCAAUGGCUCCCACGAAGCCAAUAUGUUAAGUAUUUUGGAAAUAUUUGCUGUGUCUCAGGGGAUUGUAGGAAUACGAGGAGUUUUCAGCAACAAAUUUUUAGCGAUGUCAAAAAAAGGAAAACUCCAUGCAAGUGCCAAGUUCACAGAUGACUGCAAGUUCAGGGAGCGUUUUCAAGAAAACAGCUAUAAUACUUACGCCUCAGCAAUACACAGAACUGAAAAAACAGGGCGGGAGUGGUACGUAGCCCUGAAUAAAAGAGGAAAAGCCAAACGAGGGUGCAGCCCCCGGGUGAAACCCCAGCACAUCUCUACCCAUUUUCUGCCAAGAUUCAAGCAUUCCGAGCAGCCAGAACUCUCUUUCACGGUGACUGUUCCUGAAAAAAAAAAGCCACCUAGCCCUAUCAAGCCAAAGGUUCCCCUUUCGGCACCUCGGAAAACUCCCAACACAGUGAAAUACAGACUCAAGUUUCGCUUUGGAUAAUAUUCCUCUUGGCCUUGUGAGAAAUCAUUCUUUCCCCUCAAGAGUUUCUAUAGGUGUCUUCAGAGUUCUGAAGAAACAUUUCUGGACACAGCUUCGACUAUACUUACACUGUGUUGAAGUCACAUCAUUUGUUUCAGUGUGAUGGAAACAAAAUGUAUUUUGAUAGGAAGAAAACUGGAAUUCUUUUUCUAAUACAGGGAGCACAUUGCUUCAGUUCAGCAAGACAUAAAGCCUUUUGCUUUAUGCUUAAGGGAUAUUUAGAACUUUGUAUUUUUGGAAAGUUAAAUAACAUGGGCUAUGUAUUUUUCUGACUUUUACAGAUCAACCUGAAAGAACAUACAUGAAACAUUUUUUAUUUUUGGUUUCCAAAGAAUAUUUUGAUGCAGAUAAAAUAUUUUGUUAACUUUUGUUUUUUGUUUUGUUUUCUUAAAAGUACCUCUGCAUUGAGCGUUAUUUUCUUACUUUUAUUAUUUUAAUUAAUAUGACAUAAGCAAUCAUUUUAUGCUGUUUAUGAAUUACAAAUGUGUUUAUAGCUAAUUUGUAAUGUGGAACUCUUACAUUUUUCCUAUUCACUGCACUUUUUUACUUUUUUUUUCUAGCCAUACCUCAGAUAAUAUAUUUACUUUUACAUUUUAAUAUGUUUAAAUUCUUUUUUCAUGGCACCAAAGGCUCAGCUUGGAUUUGUGUGUAUGUGUAUGUAAAUUCAUGACAUUGUGUGGAAUCCUACACCUUUGGUGGCUGGAAUAUGAUGGGUUAGAAGCAAGGAUAAAAUAUAAGGACACUUUGAUGGAAUUAAAUUUGGGAGGUAAGGAAAAGGAUUUAGAGGUAAAAGUACAUUAAGUUUGCAACAUUUAUUGAGAUCCAAGUCUGUCUUGCCUUCAUUUCCCUUUUUAUAUACCCCUUGCCCUCAUUCUUGAACAGCUGGAGGAAUAAAUUUUAUUCUGUCCGUCAAGUCUACACUAUGAAAUUGGAGUGCUUAAAAAUACUUCUAUGACUCUGUUAUCCCACUGUAUAGAUCCACAGGGAGCAAACACUUAGAGAGAAAUGACAGAGAACUGAAGGAGAUGAAUGGUUUAACAGUUAUCCAUGCCAAGUCCCAUUGUCAGGCAUAUUCUUAUUAUUCAGUCAAACACUCUUUGAGCUUGCCUUCCUGAAGAUAGCCAUUCCAGUGAAUAGAUGUGCCCUUUUAUAAGGAAACUUCUGAUGUUUAUUUUAAAAACUGGCCUUUUGAUUGAGGUAACUAAUUUGGGAAUUCAAUGUGUUGAAAAUGGAAUUUAAUUUCAAUGUAAAUACUGACUGCUGGACAUAUAAAUUACAGAAAAUUUAACUUUAGAAAAUUUAUAAAAUUUAUUCUCAGGUAAUCAUUUUAAUAAAGUUCUGCAAAAUGCAAAUGUUUAUCUUACAUUCAGAAAUGUAGCAAAAAAAGAAAACCAUAUAGCUAAUGGGUAAAUGUAUGGCUUUCAUAGUAAGAACGAAAGAGUUCAUAGAAAUUUCAUGGUUUGCAUUUAAACAUGUUUAAAGUAUACUUACAAACUGUUUUUUUCUUAAAGCAAACUACGGUUUAUUUCAGUGCACAAACACAAAGUGGAAACAUCAAAAUUGAACUAGCUACCAUAUAAGCAGAUUGCUUUAAUUUGAUGGAAAAACAGUGCAUAUAUAUAUAUAUAAUAAUAAAUUUAAAAAACUCAUCCAUCAACUAAAACACAUGUAUACAUUAGUAUAGUGUUUUGUUAUAAAGCCAAAGAAUGUUAUAAACAUUCUUUGCACUUAAUGUAUGAUUUUUAAAUGGAAUAAAGUUAAAUGCUACAAAAAAUUGAA